CAUUAGAGGGCGCUGUUAGCUGGUUAGUGUAGUCGAUUCUCCUUGUGUUUCCGGUGUAAUUCAACCUUCCUUGGUGCCAAACAUGAACAUGCUUAGAAUCCGGAGGAGGAAGUGACCCGGAGCCGUCAAUUCUCAAUUACAAGUAACAUAUUCACAUCUCUUCAGAAAUGUCACUCGUCCAGAUGUCCCGCUUUUCCAUAACCCGGCUAGUCCUUUGCUCCCAAAACCACCAUUUUCUCCUCUCCUCCUCUGUAUCUCCUCUGAUCACCUCCAAACGAACUGUCAUCCAAGAACCUUACAGACGCCCCGGACAGCCCAAAGAGAAUAAAUUUCCCUGGGAGAAAAUCAACUUUGACUUAUCCAAAGGUUUAAAGGGCAUCAAGAAAAACUUUGCAUUGUUGAAAAAGGAGUUUGCAGAACGCUGGGUUGGUCCCGAAGGCAAGCAAAUCAUUGAACAUAUGUUGGAGCAAAACAGAGUUGUGUGGGAGUUCAGAGGAGAAGAGAGCCUUGAGGAGUGGACUGUGUCUUCAGAUCGAGAGAUUGGUGGACAAAGUGAGGCGUAUUUGAAGCUUGGAAGGAAUAAUAAUACAUGCUUGCUCUAUGGGACUCUGAGUUCAACACCACCCAGAGAUGGAGAGACGAGAUACAGCGGCUACUGCACAAUGAGGUCCAAGCAAAAACUGGCUUCAUUUGACAGAAAGAAACACUUUGAUUGGACCAGUUUCAACACUCUUCAUUUAAGGGUUCGAGGAGAUGGUCGUCCGUGGAUGAUCAACAUCGGCUGUCAGACUUUCUUCUCUCAUCAGAAUGAUGACAUCUACAGCUACUUCCUGUACACAAGAGGGGGGCCCUACUGGCAAGACGUCAAGAUACCCUUCUCUAAAUUCUUCCUUACACAUCGAGGGAGGAUACAAGACGAUCAGCACUGUCUGUGGCUGGAUAAGGUGAACACUAUUGGUUUCACUCUGGGAGAUAAAGUGGAUGGGCCUUUCCAGUUGGAGAUAGAUUUUAUUGGUGUUUGUAAAGACUACGCUCACACUGAGGACUUUGCCUACGAGGUUUACAAGAGAAACCCUGAAGUUUGAAGACUCCUACUAACUAUGAACUUUAAUUAUUAACUUAUGAACAGAUAGAAUUUUGACCAUGUUGUUUAUUUGACAAUAAAAAAAAACUACAGGAAACUA